AUUUAAGUUUAGGUUUAGAGAAUCAUGCCAGAAUCGACACCAAUAUCGUUUUUUGGAUAACCAAGUAGGAACUUCGAAUUCUAUAUGCUUUGUCACUGCCACUGGCUAAUUAAAAAUUAAAUAUUUUAAAAUUUAACGUGAAGGCCGAAAUAUGGUAUUGCAAACAAGGAUUUGUGGAAGCUUAUAAGUCAUGACAUGCUUUCUUCUUCAUCAUGCAUUUUAUCUUUGUUAUUAAUUAGUAUAUAACUAGUAAUCUUUGUAAGAAUUUGUUAUUAUUAUAUAUUUUUUAUUGUACACUUUUACCUAAUUUAUGUAUGCGUAUGCAGUGUUGGUCUUUAAUUGGUUAGCACAUUUACCAUUAAAUUCAGUAGAUAAGAUUUAUUGUAUGUUUCUAUGUAGCAACCGUUGGCUGACCUAAAUAAAUAAAUAAAAUAAAUGGUUAAAUAAAUUGGUGUCUCUGGGAAGUGAGCACGGUCCCUUACUUAACAAACGUCACCAGCGACGAUUAAGUAUUGUGAUAAUGAGUCGAUCUCAAUAGUAAACACAUAAUAAGAGAUGCUACCCCGGAACCGGCAGUCUGUGACAAGCUGCCGAGAUGGAAGUACCACUCAUAUUGAUAUUGGCACUGAGUGCGUGUGCGCAAGCAGUGGACAUCAGUUUAUUGGACAGCAGCGAUGUUAAGGUGAAGCUGCAGGACAACCCUUACGGAGGACUCAACAUUGUGCUGGAGAGGAAGAGCAUAUCCGAGGUGAUCACAGUGAUCGGACGCCACGCGGGCGCCGCGAAAGACGUGGUCCAGGACGACGACGCCAUCAUACAGUUCGCCAACGACACCAGCGUGAGGAUCAGCUCCGAGCGCGUGGCUGAAGAGAAGGGGCUGCUCCUCACCCUCACUUGGGAGGCGCCCAAGACGGUCAAGCUGGAGGACUGCGUUAACUUGGGCUCCAACAAUUGGUACGGCGGUCCUCAACAGAAGCGGCAGUACUGGCCCAUAGAGCGACUGAUUCUCCCCGACUACUCUUACGUCACCAAGGAGGCCGACAACUGCGGCGUCGCUGAGCCUUACUGGCUCAGUUCCUCGGGCAUCUUCUACUACUUCGACAAGAAGGUCCCGCUCUUCGUCGACCAAAACAACAGGGAUAAAAACGCAGCGUGCUUCAAAGCCCAAAUAAAAUCUCCCUACUCGAGCAAAAGGGAUCGAAACGACUUGAUCUACGCCAUCGGGAUAUUUGAAGACGUCAAGAAAGCUCAUGAGUACGCAGUGGAGAAGUAUUUGGAAAAGCCAACGGGGAUACCUGAUGAGACUAUGAUCAAAUACCCGAUUUGGUCAACGUGGGCUAAAUAUAAAAGGAACAUAGAUCACGAUACAGUCUUGCAGUACGCAGAUGAUAUUAAAAAAUACGGCUUCCCAAACAGCCAGUUGGAGAUCGAUGAUCUUUGGGAAAUAUGCUAUGGAGCUCAGACUAUUGACAAAGACAGAUUCCCAAAUAUGAAGAGUACUGUUGCUAAAUUGAAGGAAAAAGGUUUCAGGGUUACAUUGUGGACUCAUCCGUUCAUCAAUAAAGGUUGUGAGCCUUGGUAUUCGGAGGCCAAGAGUAAAGGAUAUCUAGUAUCUUCGGAAUACGGUUCAGAGGAGACGAGCUGGUGGAAUGACAAUGGGACCACGACUGCGUACAUCGACUUCACCAAGCCCGAGGCCCGCGGCUGGUACACCGACCGGCUGCAGAAGCUCAAAGACCAGACGGGGCUGGACAGCUUCAAGUUCGACGCGGGGGAAACCAGUUGGUCUCCACAGGUUCCCGUAUUACAAGGCGAUAUAAGAGACCAGCCUGGCGUUAUCACAGCUGACUACGUGAGAGCGGUCGCGAAGUUCGGGCCCAUGGUGGAAGUGAGAGCCGCUUACAGGACGCAAGACCUCCCCAUCUUCGUGCGGAUGAUCGACAAGGACACAUACUGGACAUUCGAGAACGGUCUCCCUACCCUACUGACUACCCUCCUGCAGAUGAACAUCAACGGCUACCCUCUAGUUCUGCCCGAUAUGAUCGGUGGGAAUGGAUACAAUGAACCGCCUUCUAAGGAGCUCUUUAUAAGGUGGCUGCAAGCCAACACCUUUAUGCCUAGUAUGCAGUUCUCAUACGUGCCAUGGGACUUUGAUAAUGAGACGAUAGCAAUCAGCAAGAAGUUCGUAGAUCUGCACGCGCAGUACUCGCCGCAGAUAGUAGCGGCGUGCGCGCGCGCAGUCGUCAACCCGCCCCUGUGGUGGGCCGCGCCCAACGACUCCACCACCUACGACAUCUGGGAUCAAUAUAUGCUAGGCGAGGACAUCAUAGUGGCUCCAGUUUUAGAACGCGGCGCGCGAGAAAGGGACAUCUACCUCCCGGAGGGGGAGUGGUUGGCGCAGGGAGAUGUCAAAGAGAAGAUAAAGGGAGGAGACUGGCUAAGGGACUACCCAGCGCCUUUGGAUUACCUGCCCUUCUUUGUUAAAGCUUAGCAUUCAUACUUAAUUAAGAAUAAAGUAGUGUUUCGUUAUAAGAGUUUUUUUUUAUUGGUAACCCAUUAUUUUAGUGGGGCAACACUUGAAGUCAAUUGAAUUUUACGUCAAAUAAGACUACCCCAACGUAAAUUAUAGAAAAAAAAAAUAUUACAUGGAUUUUUUAUUCGUUAAUUCGUCUUCUUCAGACCUAUUUAAUACACAAUACAAAUUCAAAAUCAACAAAACUGAAAAUGAAUUUGCGCAAUUCUCGGCGCAGAAAACAAAAUAUAGGGUGAUGCUUUGAUUUUUUACUCUCUAGAUAGAGCGUCACCUAGUAAACACUGCGAUAAAAACAGACCCGGUUUUAUAUACUUGUGUGCUUGACACGCAAAACAAAACACGCGAAUCUUGUAUCUUACACUCGCGAAGAGUCAGCGAAAUGUCAUUAUCUUUGUCUCGGUGCGCACGCGUAACAUACCAGGUUAGGCCACAUUCCCUAAAAAGUGGGUAAACUUAAUCUAAUCAAAAUUAGUAUAAUGUUCACACAAUUAAAGAUCAUAGACGUGGAAACAUCUGCAAAACUGAUAAAUUUAUUCUUGGAUAUUUGAAAUAGGAAAUAUUU